ACGUACGCAGCAAUCGAGACAAUCUGGAAGGAGACAUUUCCUCAACUCUUCGGUUCACCACCCACCCGAACCCCGAAUUUCCUCUCAAAGUACCGCCAAACUCUCCCCUCCCAUCCCCCCCGAUUCCGACGAUCAAAAUCCCCAAUAAUGGCGCCCAAGCGAACCGCCUCCUCCCAAAAAGCAGCACCUGCUACUGCCGCUCCCGCAGUCCACCACCCCGAGCCGCCCACCUCGCCCGCGGGACCGACCGCCGCCGCCGCGAUCCCGGGCACGAUGACCUCGCAGCCCAAGGCCGUACCCAUCACCAUGACCCCCAAGAGCACCGGCAGCGGCAGCGGCGCCCAGAACUGGGACCAGGUCCUGGCCAACAUUUACAACCACUACGUCAAGAGCACGCCGCAGCGCACCAAGCUGAUUGACGUCUUCAUGGCCUUCUUGGUCGUUGUUGGCGCGCUGCAGUUCUUGUACUGCGUGGUUGCUGGAAACUACCCCUUCAACGCCUUCCUCUCCGGUUUCUCUGCCACCGUCGGCCAAUUCGUCCUCACUGCAUCCUUGCGCAUCCAGACCACCGAGGCCAACAAGUCCGACUUCCCCUCCGUAUCACCUGAGAGAGCUUUUGCCGACUACGUCGCGUGCAGUCUGAUUCUGCACUUCUUCUGCGUCAACUUCAUAAACUAA